AUGAUUUUGCUCUUCGGGAUAUUAUGGUUUCUACCGUCUUUUUAUUUCGCUCCAAUAAAAAGAAAUGAACAUUCCGAUUGCUUUUUUGAUACAGCUAGGUUUUCAAAUUUUGAAACAAUUGAACGAAAACCUCAAUUCAAAGUGAAAGCUCUUCAUUCUGGUGAAAUGAAACAGUGAGUCAUUAAUUCCGCUCAUUAUAUUUGACAUGAACGUUAAGGAUGGAAGAUAUUUUCAAAUUGAAAGUGAAUGAUCUGUUUGGUGCUCGAAAUCCAGUUGAAUUGAUGUCAAGUGUUGGGAUGGUAUAGUGUGAAUAAAAAUCAAUUACCACCCAAAUAUCACCAUUUUAAGACAGUCCCAAGUGAAAUUUCUCAAAAGUUGAAAAUCUGGAAAAAUCGGAUUUUUGAUUUUGGACCAAUACAACCUUCAGAAGUGAUGCCAAAUACAUCUGAAUGAUUGAAAUAGUGUGAAUCAGCGUAAAAAAUAACCCUAGAAAGGUUUCCAACAUUUUCGGGCUGUUUUAGUGACGUUAUCCAUCAAAAACAGUUAGUGCAUUUCUUUUUUGCCGCUACUGUAUAUUAUGUUUUCAGAUAGAAGAAUCCGAAAAAGGUCAAUUAAUUAAAGAUGUUAUGAAAGAAAUUGAGAAAUCAGUAGAAGUUGACGAUGUUCAACUUCCUGAAGGAUGGUCUUUGAAAACUCGUAAAGCUAGUGGAAGGUUUGUUGAAACACUUUCAGCGGUAAAAAUGUUUUUUUUAGAUUCCCGCAAAGUGUAGUAGAACUCCUCAACAAAUUGUUUGACGAUGGUAUAACUAGAGGAAAUAAAUAUUCUCCAGAAGAAACACAACAAAUUAUGCGUCAAGCUCGGCAUCCAGACCGAACACUGAUGUAUUCAUCUGAUGAAUUGCUAACCACAAGACAAAUAGCUAGUUUCUAUGCUAGGUUGGCAUCUCAAAGAGAGAAGGAAGCAUCAGGGAAAAAACGAUCAAAACGAAGCUUGGAGCAAUCAUCAUGUGAAACAAAUGAUGAAGAUAUUGAUAUGUACUCACCAGAAUUUGAAAACUCUUAUAGAUAUGAAGAUUAUUAUGGAGGUUUGGAUGAUCAACUGAGAAAACUGAUAAUAGAAGAAUUGGAAGAAUAUUUUGAAGAUUUCGACAAAUUAAAACAAAACACGAAAAAAGCAAAACAUUCAAAUGUUUAA